AUGAAGCACUUUUCUAUAUCGAACUUUCCCAAAUCAUCGUUGAAGUGUAAGAUUUCGUACCUCGAUUUUUACUGUUUUUUUUUAACUCAGAAACCGUGCAUCAAAUUCGACUUCCACGUGGUGAUGAAUUUGAUAGAAACUGUUGUUAGGAUUAUAGAGUAUCUAGAAAAAAGGGACGAGAAAAACCGAAUUUUUAACUACAUUCUGAAUGGCCAUGUUCCUCGUUCGUGUUCAAAGGAUGCCCGAAAUGGAGACCCUUAUGAUCGAAGAAAUCUGAGCUUCCUUUAUGAGAAGAAGCCAAACGAUGGCGUGCACCAGGCGCAUCACGAGUGGCAGAGUAUUAAGAAGAAUUAUUUGGAGGAGAACGACGGGGAGGCAUACAAUUGCGGUACGAACAAUGGUUAUGUUAACCAUUCAAAUGUAGGUGAGAACUGGCAGACUCCCGCUAAUAAGAAUGGGACGGAAGGCGAAAAUGUUGUCCAUAAGAAAAACUUGAACGAUGAGGUAAUUCUUUUGGAAAGGCCGGUUUGGAAUGGUAAUAGUAGCGAGGUGAACAAGCAAAAAAAUAAAGACCUAAAAAAUUUGUAUGAAAAAAUUAAGAAAAAAAGUAGAGAUUUCUCCAUUUUGUAUAGUAAGAAAUCCGACACCAAAUUGGAUAACCUGAAUGAAGAGCAGAGCAAAGAUGUAACCACUGACGACAUAGCUAAUAAUUCGGCAAAUCACACUGACAACAUUUGUAGGCAUUUUAAGGUUUACGCGAAUGAUAAAAAUAAUGAGCACCUCAGUGGAAUGGAUGAGCAGUUGCACUGUGAAGAUGCGACCAGGACGAAAUCCUCCAACUCGUAUAAUUUUAUUUAUUUUAACAGCAAAGUGACGGUUCUUGAUAAUGACAAGGCUGUUCUGGCCAAACGUGUUAGUCUACAUGGGAAUGAUGAAUUCUAUGUACAAAAUAAAGAUGUGUUGCAUAAGCCCUCAGAAGGCUAUAAUUGCCACAUGGUUCCGACCGACGUUGUGGAGAUUAAAUCCGAACGAGGAGAAAGCUCUUACGUAGAUCAAAACUGCAAAGAGAAAGACGCAAACGCCCCUAUGAGGGGCCCCAUAAAAUAUGGAGUUUCACGCGACAGCUCAGGGGACCCAGCUGUGACUUUGUGUAACGGAAAAAUGGAGAAAGAGGCGGAGGUAUUGGAAGAGAGGGCCAUGGAUAGUAGUAGCAACCUCAAUAACGAAACCACCAGCAAUCUCUUAGAAGAGGAGGAACAGAAGCGCAAAAAUUGCCUAAUGCACAAGUGUACCUCGAGUUACAUUUCCACCAAUUUUGAGAAGUUUAAAAUGGAAAAUUCAGCAAAAGGGAGUAUGGAUUUUAAGGCUGCGAAAAAUAAUUUGGUUCAAAAAAAGAAAAGUUUGUUAAGACGUCAUGUUAAAAAUUUAAGCGAAUUCAAAAGGAAUACUGCAACUAGUGAUGGAAAGACGUCGAAUGUCAAUGCAAAGGCCAGUCAUGCGAACUGUUAUCAGGAAUUUUAUUUCAAUGGUAAAGAAAAAAAGGAUGAGGAGAAGAAGAAGUACGGGAGCACGUCUGUCCAUGAGAAUUUCAUAGUGGUACCUGUUGUUAGCGCGGAUUCGGUUCCCAUUAAGAAUAAAAGGAAAAAGCUGGGGAAGGAAUUUAUUAAGGAGCACUUUUCGCAGAAUCCUAAUGCAAAGGGGGAUUUCGCGUGUGAGCACAUAUCAGAUGGGAACAUUGCAAAUCAGCACACUGCGAAUGAGUUCUUUGCGAAGGAGCAUCUGGCGAAGCUACAGUUUCUAAAGGAAGAUUACAAGACGGUUAUUGAGUUUUUUCUGUAUUUCAUGACCUUCGUGAGGAUUUUCUUCAGCCACCAGUUAUACAAAUAUUUGCUAGCCACCAUGAAUGCCCAAAUAAAUAAAAGGAGCGUGUACUUGUACAAUCGGUGCAUCCACAUUUUAGUGAAUUUUCUGUUUAGCAAAGAUAAGGACUUAUCUGUUAAGGCCGAAAGCACUCUGCGGUUUUUGAUUGUCAUUAAUGAGCACGAUAAGGACCCGGGGCUGAACGACAGCGCGGUGAAGAAUUCUGCGAAGAGUGGCAAGUGUGUGGAUAAAAUUUCCGGGAGAAAUGGCGACCCGUUUCGUGGCAGCAAAAUGAUGAAUAUGAACAAGAAUUUUACAAAUGUAUGGAAAUUAAAUAAAAUCGAUUUGAAAUUAUACUUAAAGUCGAUACUAUGCAAUUUGUCAUAUGCCCUACGGAAUAACGGUUUCAUUUUGAGCAAAAAUUUUAUUAUUGGUCUUAGCAAAAUAUAUUCUUUUUUUCCCCAACUGUUUUCGUCUUAUCUGAUCAACGGAUUUGUUCAGUAUGUAAAAUUUUGGAAUGACAAAUGUGGAGAGGAUAAAUUUGUGCACAAAAAUUUUGAACAGGUGAUGGAAGUUUUUUCGAGUUUUUUUACCAGGUGUAGAUUAACGUACGACCAGUUUAAGGAAAUUAUUGAUUUGUUGUUUGGUAUAUUUAGCCGCACGCAGAAGGGGAGUACCAUUUCUCUUCCCCAUUUGGACGAGUUAAACGGGUUGAGGAACAGUGGAAAAUCGGGCAACGGCGCGUGGAAUCGGGAAAAUAAUUCUGCAACUAAUACUGAGGGAGUGUCGAUCAUUCCUCACACCAUCGCGGAAGUGAAUGGGGUUGGUCAUUCCGUUUACGUAAGCAUGAAUAAAAAUGUAGUGAUAAGCACAAAUGGAAUUGUGUACAAUGAAAGUUCCCCUGUGGCGAAGGGCAAGAACGAAUUUGGUACAAAUGUCCCUGGCGUGGAAGUGCUCGGGCGAGGGAACAACACGAGCAUUAAUAAUGUCGGCAGUGGAUCGAAUGAGAAGGUGAACAAUGGGACGAUGAACAAUGAGACAAAUUUAUCGAACCAAAAGAAGAUACUUGAAUAUUUCAUAACGAAUUGCAGUAACAAUGAGAACAGCCAAAUGAACACUUUAUGCAUGCGUACGUUGACUUUGCUCUGCUCCAACAAUCACGAACACGCGAUGAAGUACUUUAUCCAGCAGAGGCAUAACCAGAAGGUGUUUUCCCAUUUUGUUUCCACGCUAAGGGUUAAAAAUCAAGUGGGGUUUAGAAAAUACAUUUGUAAGAAAAUUCCCGUCCUUGUUAAUAUUCUGUUAAGAUUUAUUUGCGAUUUUAAGCCGAAUGAGUUUCCGCUGCGUGUGUUUAGCACAUAUCUUUUUAGUGUCAACGAUGAGGAUUUACGGGAAGUAAUUUUGUACGAUUGCUCUAGGAUGAAAGAAUAUGCCGAUAGAAAUAUUGACAGCAAUUUCAGGGAAUAUACGUCCCCACAUUUAAUGAGGGGCGAACCCAUUGGGGAAGGAACAAAUGGAGAUGCUCAAAGUGGGAAGUACAACCAAGGAAGUCAGCUAAGGUCCAUCCCAAUUAUAAACGUCAGUAAUUUUCUUGUGAACCUUUUCAGCGUUAUAAACGUUCUGCAUGCGGUACUGUUGUAUGAACCAUCGUGGUUAUUUCUCAAUUUUUACGAGGACCGAGUUCGGAAGAAUAUACCGAGCCUAAUCGAGGUUUUGUACUUGUGUUUAAUCCAUUUGAUUAGUCAGUAUUUGUCAUUGGAGAACACUAAUUUUUUAACCUUUUUACUGAGCCGAGAAUGCAAAAAGUGCGUUAAGAUAUUGAUUCUGUUUUUUAAUUUUUCCCGUGAUUUGCUCAGGUGCGUAGUGCUAGACUGUGUUCCGCAGCAAAAUGGUGUGACGCCUAGCAAAGAGCGUACAACGUUAGUGUCGAGCAAGAACGGCACCAGGGAUGACAUCCUAUACAACAGUAUGAAGUAUAAUAGUUACCUGUUUUUCCUGAGAACCAAUUUGCUCAUCAUACUGGCGUUCAUCGUAUGUACAAAUAGGGAUGAAGAUUACAGCUAUUUGCACACGUUUUUUAAGAGGUGUACAAAGAAAGGAUUGCGAUUUAGGGAAAAACGAUUUUUAUUUUUUACAAUCGUGCGUAUUUUGCAUAAUUUUGACGCACCCAUUUUGGGCCCAUUUUUUGAAACCGCCUUACGGUUUUUUAUCGUGCCUGUACUGAAGGAAUAUAUCAAGAGAGCCCAAAAGGUGAGGCACAUCUCCUUAUCGGACGAAAAAAGUGAAUCAAACUGUAGUACCUCUGAUACAGGAAUAAUCAGUAGAUUACAGCGCAAUAGACUCCUCAUGAGUGUACACGCGAAGUUGUUCACGCAAGCGGACACGAAUCAGAUUAGCCGAAGUGAGAAAAGCAAUUCAUUGAGAACUGAUCACAGUUGUAGGAGUAGUUUCUUUAACGCUAAUUGGUACUAUAACACAAAUGGGGGAGUUUCAGCCAUCUACAAUAAUGUCAGGGCAGGGAACAAUUACGAUUACACGGGGGACGCAGGCUAUUGGAGAGAUCAAACUGGUGCAUAUGCCGCGAAUAGCAAUGCGUACGUUAAUUUGGCGAGGAAUAACAUAUGGGCAUCGGCGUUCAUUAGAAAACCACAGAAUUGCACGUUUGUACAUAAUUUAAAUGACAACAGUUGUUCAGGUAACGCAAAUAAUGAGUACUGUUUGUUCUAUAUGUCGAUUCAUGGCGAAAGGCAGAAUGUGCAGCUUUAUCCUUUUUACAACCACAGUUUGUUUCUUAGUAUAAAUGAAAUUCUUUACGCGCUUAAGGCCCUACUAGGAAGGGGAGCUCAUUCGAAAGAUGUCAUCAUACACAAGUUGAGCAUUAGCAGAAUGGUUGUACAACUGGUCAGAAGGAUAAAAUGCGAGAAAAGCAAAAUGAUAAUGCUGAGCUAUGUAAGAAGGUUUAACAAAGCGUAUCUGAAUUUUCCCUGUGAUGAUGUAAAGCAGUUAAGCAUUCGCAACAUUAUCAACGCGUGUAAGUGUAGCCGUAAUGCCUAUUUCAACGAUUUGAACCAUUUGACGCUGAUUUAUCCGCAUUUGCUUUAUUACUGUAAGACUGAAGAAAAUGUUCUAAUGAAAUUAAAUUUAAAGGCGCUAACAGAAAUAAUAUCCAAGAGGAGAGAACAUGGAAAGUAUUCCAGCAAGGGGGAUAUUUUACUUCGCCAAAUAAAAAGAAGCCACGUGCAUUGCUAUUACUGUAAGGUUUAUAGUGCAAAACGGGUCGUGAAAGAUAAUAGGAAACGAAGCCUUUGUUACCCCCAUGCGGAUAGCUUCAUUAGCAAAUUAGCCAUGAGUACACAAAAUAGCAGACAUCUGUUCUACAAGAAUGGGCAUAUAAAAAAUUACACCUUAUUGAACCAUAGAGGGAUCAUUCUGGGCUAUCUUAAAAAGGACAAAACUGUGUUUAAUAAAAUCCACAUUUUAGAAGUUGCAUUGGGUCACAAGUACGAUUUUUUUAAUGUAUACCCCUAUGUGAUAGCCUCAAUUUUUAAGAAUUUCGAAGAAAUGACUAGUCGUGUAUAUAUCAAUGGGAAGAAGAAAUCCCUUUUGAUUCGCGCCUUAAGUGUUGCACUGACAUUUAUAAAGUUCAAUAUUUUCUGCAACUCCGUUCAUAAGUUGUUUAGUUUGGUAAAUAAUGACCUAGUUCUCAGGGAAAUUGAUCCCCUAGCAAUGCACGACUUGCAGGUGUGGAACAAAUCGCAGGAGCGGAACAAGACGGGAGUACCUAAUGGAGAGAAUAUACACAAUGGAAAAAGUGAUCCUCCACCAUUACGCGAAUUGCGAGCUAAACAAAAGGUCCCUAGUGUAAAAAAGGCGAAGCGUGAUGUGAUCGAACAAAACGUGAACAUUGGGCAAAAAUCGAGAAACCGGAAGAGAGAAGCUAUCACUGAGCGUGACAGUGGAUGCAUUUCUGUACACAUACGGGAGGGGAAGAAACAAAUUGGUAAUAACAAGGGGGUUGUAGCUCUCCAGGGGGAUUAUGUCCCAAAGGAAAAAUCGCCCGGAAAACUGUCCAAGAUGAUGAAAGCCAUGUUAAACUAUUACGUAAAAACUGGAAACGAUGACGAGAAAAGGCACCUCUUCCUCAUCGGCCUUGUGAACGUAGUUAAGAAGUACAAUCGGAUAUACGUUAACUACAGCAUAUUAAAUGUACUAACAAAUUUAAUUAUUUCGAGCCUCAUGCAACGUGGGGAUGAACUACAAAGAGCCAACAUGACGAAUAAAAUUUUGAGCAUUCUUGAAAAUAUACUGAGAAUUAAGAAUAGUGUAAAGAUAAAAUAUGUAGAUGUGUACAAAACGCUCAUCUGUUUUUAUUCUAUAAAUUGCACUACCAGGGAGUAUAUCAGGAGGAGAAAAGGAAAGGGUGGAACUAACCACGAAAUGUGUGAUGAUGGUAUGUUACAGAAUUUACUUCACAAUAUUAUUACCUUGGAAAUGCAGAGCAAGAGAAGCCAAAAUGGCGAAGUAGCUGUGCGUAAUUUCAGUGCACGAUCCAGUCAUUCCAACGAAGGAGCAGUUGCAAAUGAGGACGGUGGUGGGACGGAAGAUCAGGUAAGUGCCUUUUCCUGCACAAACCAAUGGACAUACAGUUUUACGAAUAAUUCUGAAGAGAGAGAAUCCUUUAGUGGAUUUUCAAAAAAGGAAAAAUUGCCCAAUGACAGUUUUGUCGAUGAUACUUUCAGCAGAAAUGAAAGGUGUUCUAUUGCGAAAAAUUUGCAAACGAAUUAUUUAAACGAAGAGACCCUAACCAUUGCCCCCAAUAGUUUCAAGGGUACGGAUAAGAACGGAAAGGAUAUUGCUGACAAGUCGAAGAUGGUUAGCACUUUGAAGAAUGCUCUACUGAAUGAGAUGGGAAUAGGCAAUGCGAGAAAAAUGUAUAUGGUGAAUGGCAACUUUUCCACUGAGGAGAAGCAUGCAGAACAAAUUAGCAACGCGUACGAAAUGAUAAAUAAGGGAUAUGGUAUGACCGUGGUGAAGACAAUUUAUAGGGUUUUAAAAGUUCUGAUGAAGUAUUCGAAUAGGAAAAGCAUUUGCAAAAAUUUGCACAUUCUAUGUUGCAUCUUCUUUUUAUUACUCAAUUUUGAUAACAAGAGGGUGGAAAGGGCCACUUUAUUAUUAAUAAAUCACAUCGUAAUAACUCACAGUCUGUUCGUGGACAAUUUUCGCAGCAUAAUCAAUAGAAGUACCCCCCAAGGGAGGAAGAAGGGCGAUCCGAGUGAACCUAGCCAAACAGGUGUUAAUCUGGGAACACAUGACACGAAGAAAGAUCCACAUUUCAUGUUUAAUAACCAAUUUGAAAGGGAACAAGAUGUCACCGGUAAAAUUCAAUUUUUGCAUGAAAUGUUGAUUAAUCUAUGCCUUAGGGGCAUGGACGCGUAUAGGAAGAACAACAGGACGUAUUAUAUUGAUAACACGCUCUACGUAGAGGCAAAAUUAGAAACGAGUCUCAACAUAUUUACAUUCUUCUGUCAGAUUUAUGAUAGAAAUGGAAGGAAUCAGUACGCACAGUUGAUUAGGUUUUUCAUUUUGGAAUACCUAAAGAGGUUGAGAUGCAUCGCUUGUUACUGUUUGAGGAAGAAGAGAAGAAUGGUUACCCUGAAGCAGUUGCUUUUUUUAAUAAACACGAAUCUGCAUUUAGUAGAUAAGAAGGAAGCUAUACACUUCUUGGAAACCAUGCAGUCGUUACUUCUGUUGGAGUCCAAAGAUGGUUCCAGUUUUCAUUUAUUCAUUUUGAAUAUGAAGGAAGAAGAGAAGGAGCACAGAAUUAAGCAAAAGGCGCAAGUGGAAGAAAUAAUAAAAGAACUGAGUGAUAAAAAGAUGAGCAGUUUUCAUAUCAGCCACUAUAUCAAGUAUAUAAAUAGUGUGCACGAUGGAGCAGGCACAUGGCAUUAUGUGCACAAUUAUAGAAUAGCGAGCAGAUACUGUCUUUCCAAGGACAGGAUAAUAUAUGAAAGGAGAAGAAAAAACUUCAUGAGGAGCAAAAUCUGUCGUGAUAACAUGAACCAUAGAGAGAUGAUCAACGAUCUGUAUGCACGUUUGUUCUGUAGGGGGGGUGGUAACAACUGUGCGGUUGUUUCUCAUUUAAACAGAAAUGUGCAGGUACGAGAUGUUCAAGGGGGGGCUAAAAAUGGUGUACAAGAUGGUGAAAAAAAUGAUCAAAAAAAUGAUCAAAAAAAUUACAACAAAACGGCGGUUGCAAACCAAGUUGUCAGCCCCCAUGUGAAGGGGAUCACAAAACUGAAGAAGGAAAAGAGAAGAAAACGAUUUUACAAAAGAUUGAAAUGUUAUGAUGACAUCUUUGAGGCGUACACCAUUGAGGAAAAUCUAUGUAAUGAUUUAUUUUUGUGCAAAAAGGAGAAGAAGCUGAAGACGUUCUUGUGGUCGUGCAGGAAAAAUGAAAACGUAGGCAUAUGCCUAUCUUCGGAAGAGAAGGCACAUUUAAUUAGAAACUUAAUCAUCUUUGAUUAUUCGGAUGACUAUCACUGUUAUGUAAAAUAUUACGACAUAUUACUGUACUUUAUUAAAAGUCAAAAGGAAACGUAUUCUGAGAGGUACCACAUUAUCGAUUUGAAGAAUAUUUUUUUAAGGCACCUACUGCCGAACAUUUUAAGGGGGACUUUUUCGUUUAUUCCGAAAGUUAGAUACACCUGUACGAACCUUUUUCAGAAAUAUUUUCUCCCCAACGAGCUGUUUGAGUCCAUUUGUUUUUUAUUUAAGAACGACUAUUUUAAGCAUAUCAUUGAUAAGUAUUUCGUGAGCCUAUUUUUAAAUUUGCUAUUUUCGUUCUUUAAGCACAACGUGGAUACGUAUGUGUACUUGAAGAAGCGAACGCAAGGCUUAGUGCCCUUUUUGUGCAAGCGGAAGUGGGAGAACGGGGGAGCCGCUACUAAUGGAAGGGUUACUGAUGGAAGUGUUAGUGAUGAAGCGAUUACUGAGGGAGCUGUUACUGAUGGACUGGUUUGUGCAAACGCGGCGAGGCAAACAUGUGAGAAAACGAAGAAAAAAAAAAAAUGUUUCAAGGCAAGGGAGACGUGCUCGGCUAUCAACAUGGAAAAUUACAACAGCGAUUUCUUCACGUGGAGACGCUACUUAACCAAAUACUGCUCCGAACAGCAAACUUUCGUGAACAAGUGCCAAAAAAAGUUCAUAAAAGCCAAAUAUUUAUUUAAACCAAUUUUGAGUUUGAUAAAUAUUUUUAAGGAAUACUGUAGAUCGGUGUGGAUAGACCUGUUUGCGCAAUUGUUCAAUUAUUUUAAUAGCGAACAAAUUAAUGAAUUAAAUUUUUGCAUUGUUCAAUUCUUGUACAACUAUAUCACCUUCAUUGAAGCAUCUUCUAAUAAUGAUAAGAUGUGCAUGUCGAGAGAGGCGAAUGACAGAGGCGCCUCUACCUUUGGCAGCAGUUGGAGGAAAAACAGAACUUUUCAAAAUAAUGUGUAUGGAAAUGACUAUAACGUGAACGUGCUAGAAACUACCUUGACGUGCAUAUUUAAGACCCGCAUUAUACUGUACGUUCCCACGGAAAUAAUUUUAUACUGCGCGAAGAACUUUUGUACGUAUGAAAUUUCCAAGUGUAUGCUACAAAUGUUGUUGUUUCAUAAUUUGAGGAAAAUGAAGAAGUUGGCUAGUCGCGGCGAAGUAGAAAAUGCAGCCCCGAUUGAGGACACCAAUGAGAAGCAGGCAACAGGUGCAAACACAUUCGGCACUCAGAAACCAAGCAGGAAUAAAAAUAAGAAGCAAAGCGAAAGUACAACUGUUAAUAACGGCGGAGUCCCAAAUGACCGAGUGCAGAACAGAUUGACCAUUGGCGCUAAAAAUGAGGACCCCGUUUACGCAAUGAAAAAAAGUUACAACAGCUACAAGCAAAUCAUCAACUGUUUAAUCGAGAUAAAUAGCGACUUGAAUGAACGUGACAAUGUGUACGCCCUGAGGACAUAUUAUGUGAGGAACAUUGAAUUAUCCAAGUCUCUCUUUUUUAACCAUUACAAUUUGUACUACAAAAAUGAAUAUUCCUAUUUGAAGCAUUUUACUAGCUAUGAAAAUCUGAACUUAACAAAAGAAGAAUUAGAUAUUAACAGAAUGAAUUGGAUCGACAGUUUGAAAUAUUUUAGUAAAGUAUCUUGUAUCGAGAGCUACAUGAAAUUAAUGCAGUUGAGGGAGGAAAUGAAAAAGAAUGGAGACUCCAAGUCAUCCCAGUUGAAAACCUGCGUAUCGUUGUCAGAGGAAAGAAAAGAAGAUCCAAUUGUGCUCAGUUGCAACUACGAAACAUUGAGCAGGAACUACUUAACAAAUUUGAAUAAUGUGUACUGUAUAAUAAAGGACAAUUUGAAAUGUAUCCACGUGCAGGAUAACGUGGGAAGGAACAUCGCGAAAAUCAGCAGUGAAGUUAAAGGUGAUGGGGUGAACCCGGUAUGUGCGGCGGGAGAACCCCUGAAGGAAGAGUCCCACAAGGGCCAAAGUGCGGGAAGUGCCCAUAAUCGCGAUAGCGGCACUACAGCGGUUGUAACUGCGAAGAACAAUAUGGCGCCUUUGAAAAAAGACAAUGUCAACUCGAGAAGAUCGCGAAGAAGAAAAACCAACAGCCUAAUUAGGUUAAAGUUUAACAAAUCGGAAGACGCGAAAAUACAAACAACCAUUCACGAUUACUUUAAGAGCAAUAAGAAAACCUUAUCAGAGAACCAGGAGGGGGGAACGCACAUUGAAGGGUAUAACAAGGAGGGAGAGAAUGUGGCUAAGCAGACGAGUGAAAAAUGCCCGAGUUGCGGGGAGAACGCACACGAUGGCAAAAGCAGACCUAGUAGCAGGACAGACAUAAUAAGUGAUAGCAAAAUGAAUAGUAUUACCAGUGGGCGUAACAAGUGUGACGGGGCCAUCGAUCCUAAUGACGCCCACAGCACCAGUGAGAAUAUCCGAAAUGAUAACUACGGCGCCCGUUACGACGGUGGUUUCGGCGGUUUCGGCGGCGAAGGGGACGGUAAUAUUGCCCAUUUGUUGAAACGUUUAAGUCGUUCCGAUGAGGGGGACCACACAAGGACCAUCGUGCAUUCCUACUUGGAAAAAAUAAUCUACAAGUUACAAGAAAAUAGCAACACAAUUGUUGAGAGCAUGCAGGGGAGCGAAAUCAUCGAAAUUGACGAGGCAUUCGUUGAAAGGAACGUUGAAAGGAACGUCGAAAGGAACGUCGAAAAGAAUAUCGAAAAAAACGUCGAAGGGAAUGUCGAAAAGAAUAUCGAAAAAAACGUCGAAGGGAAUGUCGAAAAGAGUCUUGAAAAGAAUGUCCAAAGGAAUGUCCAACAAAGCGAAGAAGCGAAGGUGGGAGCAAGCGCAGAUCCAGGAGCGAAUGCGUUCGGAGAGAUAGUGUCGGAAGAAGGAAACGCAUUGAGUGAGUGUAAACAUUUUGUGAGCAACGUGAAUGACCAAUGUAGUGCAUUCCUUAUGAAAAAGUUCAAAUUCGAUUUGAAGAGCAAACACAUAAGAACAGUUAAAGAAAACAUAGAUGAUGGUAUGAAUCUGCUAAUUAACAAAGUGAGGCAAAUGUGCAAUUAUAAGAACAACAAUUUGACCCUUCUAUUUGCACACGCGGAACUGUUUGAACAUGCGCAAACGAGCAUAGAAAUAAUAAGGGAGAACUCGCUAAAAAAGAAAGCAACACAGAAGGAAGAAAAUGAAUUGCAGCUGAUAUGCCUAUUGCAUAAUCUAUUUAUGAUGUGCAACAAGGACACUUCUGUGUACGUUUAUGAUGACAUCCACAAUAUGAAAUAUUCCUACCGGUGGAAGCUUCUGUUUUUAAAAAUCUGUAAAAUUUUUAUGGAUAAAUGUGGUUUGUUCCCCUUUUCCAACGUUGGUUGUACCGAAAAGUGGAGUGGGAAGUGUAAAAACUAUCACUUAUUAAAUUUGAUGAAGAAGAUGAGAGAGAUGAACAGUAUGUCGUACAAUUAUUUUGACAAGCUUUAUGAGAAUUUUGUGCACAAAGGUGGUAGUAACGGAAUAAACAUGAGCAGUAGCAGUGGAAAUAGCAUUAGCAACUAUGGUAGUAAAAGGGGUGACAGAGUGCUGGAUGCCAGAUGCAGCUACAUGUAUAACAUCGAAAUCAUAAAAAUGAAUUUAAAGAAAUUAAUCAACAGUAAUAUUUCAAAUAAUGGCUAUAAUAUAACACAUAACAUGCUGGAGAAGUACAACGGUAUCGUCUGUGAUGAAACCGAAUUGUGCAGAAAGAGAAACUACUAUAAGAGGGAGAAUAAGGCAACCAUAUCCCAUGAAGACAAUUAUCUAUACAUUCGAAAUAUGGAGUACGAAUAUUUCAACAUAUGUAUUAAUUUGCGAAAGUUGGGGAAGAAUACCUUUCUUCACAAAGUUGUAAAGAAGCUCAAGUGCUACAUUAACUCACUUAAUCUUAUUAACACAUUUGACUUUGACUCCCUGCCAAUGGUCAGCUAUGAGAAAUUUCGAUGUGAGUUUUUCUAUCUAAAGGGAAAGAUUCUGUGCAACUUGAAUAAAAUUAUUUUAUUUUUGUAUAGAAAUAAUUUUAUUGAGAAGAAUUCCAAGCUGAACUGUGACAGAUGCAGGUAUAUGUGCCAGGAUAUCGCAAGGGAAAAUGAAUCAGACUAUGCGCAGAUCAGUAAUGAUAUAGUUUGCCCAGGACUGGGUACCCCUCAGAGGACGGAGGAAGAAAAAAGUCUGAACAUUCCCAGCGCUGUUGUUAGUAACAAUGAUGGAUGCAGCCGGAGUCACACAGGGGAUAACAAAAAAAAGAAAAAGAGAAAAAAAGGUACAGGUGCUGCCAACGAAACGUCCAACCCAUUGCAGGAAGAAAUAUUCCACAGUAGCAUUGAUGAGGAAAAUAACGAAAAAACCGUCGAUGAUAAAACUUUCAAAAGGAAGAAAAGAAGUAAAGUCAUCAAAGAAGCUAGCGAAACCACAGAAGAUAGUGAAAAAAAGAGCGUACUACAAUCCAAUGGCGAAAGUCCUUUACAGGAGAAGGAGAUAGAUAGCCAAAUCGAACUGAGCGACUGCAGAGAAUCGAAUAAGGAGGAGAAAAAGAUAGCGAAAAAGGGAGAUAUAAAAAGGCAACAGACGAAAAGCAACGGCGAGUACACCUACAAAUGUGACCACAAAAAGUGCUACCUAUUCGAUGGAAAUUUAAUUGAGGAGUGCUUUCUCUCUUCCCUCAAGAUAUAUCCACUGGAAAACAAUUCUUGGGUGCUGUGGGGUGACUACUGCAAGAAAGCUUUUAAGGAGAAAAAAAACAUAUCAUUCUGCUUAAGCUCCAUAAUUUCCUAUUUGAUAUACUCCAGCCUGAAUACACACGAGGGGUACUACCACCUAAGCAGCGUCCUCUAUUUGCUAAGCUCUGAUAUGAAGGAUAAUUCCAUUAUGCAAGUUUUUAACAAAUACAAUGAGAAUAUAUGUCCCAACCUCUGGCUGUUCUAUCUGCCCAUCUUAAUGAACAAUAUAAGUGUGAACAAGGACAAUUAUUUGUAUUUUCACAAAAUUUUGUAUGUCCUUAUGCGGAAAUUCCCCCAAGAUGUGUUUUACCAUGUUAGAGCGCUGCAAAUUGAGAGAAAUGAUAUGCUGUACUAUCUGCAGGAGCGUAGGAACAAGAAAAAAGGCAUGGGUGCAAAUUCCUCUUUAAUGAAAAAUAACGUAAAUAUAGUGAAAGAUCCCGAUGGGGGAAGGAACAAUCAGAAAAAAUUUAAAAUGGAGGAUAUAAUACUUCUCUGUGAUGACGCGAAGCAGAGUAAUGGGCACAACAUAAGAGGGUAUGGUUCUAAGGGGGGCAGUGACCCAUCGGGGAUAGGCACUAUAGCUGGUGAGAAUGGAAGCCGUGAGUUCUACAUGUUUGGUGGAGCUGACGCUGGGGGGAACACUCCCAGUGGGGACAGAAGCGAUUAUACAAGUGAUAACCGAAGUAAUAAUCGAAGUAGGAACCCAAGUGGGAAAAAAAAUAUCAAUCAAAGAAACGAGCGCAGUGGACAGGAAGCGGCCUCCAAUGUCAGGAUGCGCGUAAGGCGUAAAACCGAAAAGGAGAACGGAAAGAGCUGCAAGGGGGCUGAUCAAAGGGUCGACAGGGAGGCUGCCCCUACUGCCGUAAAUUCUCCCGCUGCGGAAAAGGAAAAAGGGUACAAUUACGCAGACCUAUUUACGGAUGGCUUUGACCAAUUGAUGAACGGGUUUAAGAGCAAACAUGUGGAUGUAUAUUUUUCCCUGAAUUAUAUGUGCAAUGAAAUUUUGAAUUACACCCGAUUGAAUCCACAUGAAGAGACGUACAACAUGGUGGAAAAGUUACUAGAUCGAUGCAUGGAAUUCCCCUACACACAGACACACGUAUCGACGUUUAUUCAGAACAUGACAGAGAAGUAUAUUUUGUACAAGCGAUAUAAAGCUAAGGUGAAGAAAAGUUACACAAAUAGUCGAAGGAGCAAAAUAGCUAUUCACAAUAUGAAUCUCUUUUGGAAGGAAUUUAAAAAGGAUGUAAAAAUGUUAAAGAGUAAUGUACGUGUGAGGAGAGGAACCACGAUGAGCGUACGUACCAAGGAACGGGGAAACAUCAAAUCGCAUAUAAUCAACAUCUGCACAGGAGGAGAACAAAACAGAGGAGACAUGGUAACGCCCCAUGGUGGUGAACUAAGUAAGGGCGGUCGUAAGGAUAACUACUUCUCCUUGGAAGAAUUUCCUCAAAUUGCCAAAAAAUGGAAAGACCUACUCUUUUUCAUUAUUCAUUCGUUAAAUGAAAAUCAGGGGCUGGAUUAUUUUUCCCAUUCCUUGUUUGAUAUGUUUUCCAAUUUUCACCUAAAAAUAGAAUUUCCAGGUCGUAGGGUAAAAUACAUAGGGGAGCAUUUAAACUACCUGUACAAUUUAAAUUUAUAUUGCCCUACGCACAUUGUCAAGUUGAACCAGCCCAUAAUUCCCACAGUUCUAAAUAACCACUGCAUGAAGAGGAUUAGCUUCCUAAGCAGCGAUGGAAAUAUUCAGCAUUACACUGUGCAGCCUUGUAAUUCUAUUCGCAGCAAGUCAGAACAUAAGUUUACGCUGUUUCAAAUUCUGAUGAAUAACACCAUGUUUAAGUUUUCCGAAACGAAGAAGAGGGGGCUGUCCUAUGGAAUAAAUAUACAUACCCCCCUGCACCCCAGUUUUAGAUUAAAGGAUGAGACGCUUGAGGACAUUUCGCUGAAGGAUUUGUAUAAUGAUUACACGCUGCUGACGAAAAAUGAUAAUUAUUCGCUAGAUAAUAUACUACUACAUCAUAGAAAUCUUAUCACGAAUUCAAUACGGACAUUUUUGCUUAAGAAAGUCGAAUGUGUCGUGAGAGAGAAGGAGAUAACGAUGAAGGAAAGAAAAAAAAGCAUGAACAGUUUUCCCGAUAAAAGGAAUGAAAAAAAGGGAGCUAUUCUUGUGAAGAAAGCCAAGAGUGAAGAAAUUCCGAGAAUAAAAACCGCAGGAAGUAUCGUAAAGAAUACCAUCCUGAAAAGGAACUCUUGUCAUAUUUUCGUGAAUGCAAAAAAAAGUGCCAGUAACUCCAGUUCCUCUAACACUGUUAAAAAUGUGGAAAGAAUCACCUGCAAGAUGCAAAUGGAUUAUUACAAUGCCUUAUCGUAUGAAGAACUAAUCCACAACUUUAGAACCAAGGAAUGGUUUAGGAAGUCCUUCAAAAAAUGGGUGAGAAAAAUUGUAAAAUUACACUUUAAAGAUAUCUGUAAAAUGGUGCCAAAAAAUAUAAUGAAGAAUUACUUCUAUUCUCUGAACAACAAUUUAGAAAGUUACUACCUUAUGAAUAACCAAUUUGUUAAGAGCUACUCUCUGACGUGUAUGUUAAAUUAUGUUUUUUUUCAACAAAAUUCCUCCCUAGAUACAAUUAUGUUGUCCAGGUGCUCAGGCAGAAGUAUGUAUUUGGAAGGGAAACCCUCCUAUAUGGAUCUGCCUCAAUAUUAUGCUAAGAAAAAAGACGCGCAGAAGAGGGGGGUACCGUUCAGACUCACGCGAAACAUUCAGCAGUUUAUUGGGUUCCAAGGCCUACGGGGUGCCUUCCCAUCCAAUUUUUACGUAUCAAUAAUGGCUCUAAAGAAAAACAUGAACUAUCUAAGAGACUUUUUAAAUCUUACAACUUUGGAUGAUUUUUAUUCUCUAUAUGUUUAUGGGGAAAAUAGAAAAAUCCUGCAAAAGAAAGAAAAGAGUUUAAAUGAUGAGAAAGUUAAGCAUGCUUAUGUGAAAUCCUUCCAUGUGGACGAUGCGACAACAGAAAUUAUCAUAAAGGAUGCGGAGGACCAUGUAAGGAAUGUAUGGUAUCGAGUUCGCUGCUUAUAUAAAAACAGAUUAGACAAGAGGACGAACGUUUCUCUGUCAAACGCGGAUGAAUGCAAAAAGGAGAGCAAUGUUCCCAAGGCAUUUGAGUACUACUCAGAUUUGCAGGAUAUCUCGUUAUCCGAAUUGUCCUCAGAUGACGACCUUCAGAAAGCGAACAAUAAUGAGGAUAAGAACGCACAAAAUGCCAAAAGAACUAAUGCAAAUGCGAAAAGGAAAAGAAGCGAAACACCCACCAAGCUGCAGAAGGUAGCGGGUAGUAGCAAAAUAUGUAAGAGUAGGAGGAGUCCUAUGAAGAAGGAACGAACGGAGGGGGACAAUAAUGUGUGCGAUAGGGGAGAUCCCCUACUCAGUGAAGCGAACAUCGCGGAUCAGAAGUCACCCAACAAGGGGCGCCCCACCAUGGGGGAGGAGGCAACUGGCGAGGCGAAGAAUACUGGGGACACUGAAAGGAGUGGGAAUAAUGACAGUAAUGUGAGUAAUGUCAGGAAUGUAACUAAUAUAAAUAAAGUAAAUGAUGUAAGUGAUGUAAAUGACGUAAAUGAUGUAAAUGACGUAAAUGAUGUAAAUAUCGCCACUAAGACGAACAGUACCGCUACCCCCAGCAAUGACAACAAUAAUAAGAAAAGACGAAGGAGCAAGAAGAAACCAAGUGGCGACCCCAAGGAAGAACAAUCGGAGCCGAACCAGGCACAGCCGCCGAUGGAGCAAAAAACACUGGAAGAUAACGCUACCAAUAAAAAGAGCAAGAAAAAUAAAACGAGUCCUUCCAAAUGUAAGAAUAACAAAACACAGGAGGGAGAGGAGGAAAAUGUUACGAAAAAUGUUACCAAAAAUGUUACGAAGAAUACAACCCUCGAUAAUGGGCGAGACCAAAAUGCGGAGUCAAGAUGUACUGCAAACAUUUUGCAAAAGGAACAAAGUGCAAUGCUUAGGGAAAACGGGGAGACACACAUAGAUGAAUCACACAACUCUGUGAUAGAUUUAAUGGAAAUCUCUAUGAGUAAAAAGUAUUUAAGAACCGCGAAUGGCCCCUGGUUCCCGUGGUUCUAA